AGUACGUUUUGAGUUGUGCUUCGCGACGGUUGUUGAUCUUUCUCAAGUGCUCCCACGAAUACGAAAUAUGCACACGAAUCUGCCCAAUUGAGCAUCUAAGCGAAUAAAACUAGUGCCAAACGAAGCGACAAUUGUGAUUAAUAACAACAACGAAAUAGAAACGAACAACAAUUUAAUAUAGCUUAGCCACUAAAUAAGUAAGGCCAGUGCAAGUGCAACAAUAUUCAUUCCACAUAGUCAGUGAUUACCUCAUCUGUGUGAAAAUCAAGCCAACAAAAUGGUAUCAAAAAGUAAUAAAAAGAAACAAGUGGCGCAGUCGACGACGCAUUCGACGUCGCAGCCGCCAGCCACAUCAAGCACAACCACAACGGCAUCGGCCUCGGCGACCAAAUUAACCAAAAAACUGGGACCGAAUGCGACGGCAACGCUAACGACCAACACCAGUUCGUCGUCAAUGGAGCAUGAAUCUGUCUCGUAUGGUGCGGCGCCGCUUGCCAUCAGCAGCUCGGGCAGCAACACCUUGUUGAAGGAAGGUGAAAGUCUGCUGGCAGCUGGUGGCAAAAGCUACAGUUCCAGCUCGUACACAGCGAAGAAAACUCAAUCGCAAUCUCAAUCACAGACACAGCAAUCGGAGCUGUUUAGCAGCAGCAGCAGCUCCAAAAUCUUUAAGGACUUCUCUGACGAAAAGAUCAUUGCGUCAAUUGAUCUGCUGGAGAGCGAGAAAAAGGAACCGGUAUUCUCGGUACCCAUUGAGGUGGUAGAAAUCACAACUCCUGCUGGCAUCAUUAACUCGGCCAGCAAUGGCAGCAUAUCCAAAAUGUAUGCGUCCACAUCAAAAAUGUCCAGUAGCCGACAGCAGGCGAGCAGCUCCAGUUACUUCGAGUCUUCCACAACCAGUUCCAGCCAGCAGCGCAGCGAUGCCAGCGAAACGCUCAUUGCAAGCGAGAGAGCAGCUACCGGUAUGACAUCAUCCACAUUGUCGAACAGCAAAUAUGUUGAUGUGGCCGAACAGGUUGUCAGCGAUAGCAGCAACACGAACUCGAUCACCAAUACCAUCAACAUCAACACCAACAGCAACACCAACAUCAACACCAACACUAGCGAAUCUCAGAGCGUGCCAAAGUCGGUGCUCGAAACAGCUGCUGUGGGUGUCUCUGCUGAUUCGUCAUCAACAACAACAGCCAAAACGAUGACGUCGCAACGCAAACCGGUUGCGACCACAACAAACAUUGCGACGUCAUCGACACUGAAUGAGCUGGCCAGCAACAACACAUCAUCAACAUCGACAAGAACAACAGCUGUUAACUUUGAUGUGGACAAGACGACGUCAUCGCAGACCAAACUGAGCAGCAGUAAGGAGGUCAAUAGUCGUGAAAGCACAAUAAAUCAAAGCAGCUCAAAGCAGUCAACGGCCUCGUCCAAGAAGGAGGUGUACGAUGUGAAAACAAAGACCUGGACCGAGUACAGCGAUGGCAGCACACAUGGCAGCAACAAGAAGGUGCCCACGUUUGAGCGUUACGUGAGCAGAGACACCGAUGGCACCACCAAAGUCACAUACAAGAAGAAAAUAUACGACAGGCGCAAUAAUCGGUGGCGCGUGGUGGACGAGCGCACCGUGGAUAGCAGCAAUGAUGUCGGCUACCCUGAAAUAGUAGAUGAUGUCAUCAACACAACGACCACAACUUACACCACCAAGGUGUACGACACCAAGCUGGGCAAGUGGACUGUGGUCGACGAGAAAUCGUACACAGAUUCGAAAGCUUUUGUGCCGAAUGACAUUGCUCGGGAAAUCGAAAAAGAUAACACCGAUGUUGCGAACAUAACGACCACAACAGAGGUGACAAAGAUAUUCGAUGCAAGCAUUAACGAUUGGCGUGUCCUCGAUGAGAAGGUGCACACGGAUGUCAUUGAGAAAAUUGUGGAGACUCCCAAGAAAACAAUCUAUGUGGAUGAGUUCGUGGAAAUCGAAAAGAAUACAUCCAUAUCGGAGAACAAUGAAAAUAUCACAUUGAAUCUGAACGAGACAUCGAAACACAAAAAUAUUACUGAGAAUAUUUAUGAUGAAAUCGAUUAUGUGCGCACCGACAAAAAACGCUUAAACGAUUCAAGAACUCGUGGAGUCGACAAGGACAGAAAAACAACACACAGUGAGAAAUGUAUCUGUGAGAUAUGCACUUGCGGUCGUCAUCAUUGCUCUACGAGCACUACAAAGUCCACAGAAAUAGUUGAAAUAGAUGAUAAUGUUGACGAAACUUAUUCAAGGAUACGUACUAACACUUGGUCAAAGAAAGAUGAUAACAUUCCUAAGAAAACUGAAGACAUAUUUGUAGAUUACAUUGUGAUAAAGAAACCCGAAGACAAUCUUAAGACCGAGGGAGAGUUUAUAGUGCCAGAAAAGGAACCCUACCAGUCAGGCGAAAGACGCGAAAAAAUUGUACACACAGAUAAUCUGCGCAUGGACGGAGAAAUGACAUUUGUCGAAAAAGAGGAAUAUCAAUAUGUCGUUCGUCCUGGAUACGUUAAGCCUACAGACAACCUGAAACCAGAAGGAGAAUUUUUCAGUCCUCAAAAACCUAAAUAUCUGCCUGGAGAUCGUCCAAGUCAAGUCCGCCACGCAGAUAAUUUAAAGCCAGAAGGCGAGUUUUAUGCUCCAGAAAAAAUUGAAUUCCGCCCAGCUGAACGCCCAUCACAAGUCAGGCCGGAAGACAACUUGAGGCCUGAAGGUGAAUUUUACACUCCAGAUAAACCUGGUUACAAGCCCGGAGAGCGUCCCACACAAAAGAAACCUGUUGACAAUCUCAAGCCCGAGGGUGACUUUGUUGCACCUGAGAAACCAACGUACCGGCCAGCAGAUAAAACAGAAAGAAUAAUCAGACGGGAUAAUUUGCGUACUGAAGGCGAAAUGACUUUUGUGGAAAAGGAGGAAUAUCAAUAUGUUAUUCGCCCUGAACAGGUGAAACCAACGGAUAAUCUCAAACCUGAAGGUGAAUUCUAUAGUCCUGAAAAGCCGAAGUACCGCCCUGGUGAGCGUCCGUCUCAAGUCCGCCCGGAGGAUAACCUGAAGCCAGAGGGUGAUUUUUACACUCCUGACAAACCUGGAUAUCGGCCAGCUGAGCGUCCCGAGCAGGUUAGACCAUCGGAUAAUCUUAAGCCCGAAGGUGAAUUCUAUAGCCCUGAAAAGCCGAAAUUCCAUCCUGGUGAACGUCCAUCUCAAGUCAAACCAGAGGAUAACUUGAGGCCAGAAGGUGAAUUCUAUGCACCAGAUAAGCCAGGAUAUAAACCUGCGGAUCGCCCCGUUCAAAAGAUACCAAAAGAUAAUUUGCGGCCGGAAGGCGAUUUUUAUACUCCUGAAAGGCCAAAGUAUCAGCCGGGUGAACGACCAACUCAAGUUCGACCUGGCGAUAACUUAAAACCAGAGGGUGAUUUCUACACUCCAGAUAAGCCAGGCUACAGACCCGCCGAGCGUCCAGAACAAGUAAGGCCCACGGAUAAUCUUAAGCCCGAGGGUGAAUUCUAUAGUCCUGACAAGCCGAAGUACCGCCCUGGUGAGCGUCCAUCACAAGUCCGCCCGGAGGAUAACCUGAAGCCAGAGGGUGAUUUCUACACUCCUGACAAACCUGGAUAUCGACCAGCUGAGCGUCCCGAGCAGGUUAGACCAUCGGAUAAUCUUAAACCCGAAGGUGAAUUUUAUAGUCCUGAAAAGCCGAAGUUCCGCCCUGGUGAACGUCCUUCCCAAGUCAGACCAGAGGAUAACUUGAAACCUGAGGGUGAAUUCUAUACGUCUGAUAAGCCCGGAUAUAGACCAGCAGAGCGUCCUGUCCAAAAGAAACCAGUGGAUAAUCUUAAGCCUGAGGGCGAGUUUGUAACACCUGAAAAACAAAUUUUCCGACCAGCGGAAAAGACCGAAAGAAUCAUCAGGAAGGAUAACUUGCGUACUGAAGGCGAAAUGACUUUUAUGGAAAAGGAGGAAUAUCAAUAUGUUAUUCGCCCUGAACAGGUAAAACCAACGGAUAAUCUUAAGCCCGAAGGUGAAUUCUAUAGCCCUGAGAAACCGAAGUACCGCCCUGGUGAGCGUCCAUCACAAGUCCGCCCGGAGGAUAACCUGAAGCCAGAGGGUGAUUUCUACACUCCUGACAAACCUGGAUAUCGACCCGCCGAGCGUCCAGAACAAGUAAGGCCCACGGAUAAUCUUAAACCAGAGGGUGAAUUCUAUAGCCCUGAAAAACCGAAAUACCGUCCUGGUGAGCGUCCAUCUCAAGUCCGCCCGGAGGAUAACCUGAAGCCAGAGGGUGAUUUCUACACUCCUGACAAACCUGGAUAUCGGCCAGCUGAGCGUCCCGAGCAGGUUAGACCAUCGGAUAAUCUUAAACCCGAAGGUGAAUUUUAUAGUCCUGAAAAGCCGAAGUUCCGCCCUGGUGAACGUCCUUCCCAAGUCAGACCAGAGGAUAACUUGAAGCCUGAGGGUGAAUUCUAUACGCCUGAUAAGCCCGGAUAUAGACCAGCAGAGCGUCCAGUCCAAAAGAAACCAGUGGAUAAUCUUAAGCCUGAGGGCGAGUUUGUAACACCUGAAAAACAAGUUUUCCGACCAGCGGAAAAGACCGAAAGAAUCAUCAGGAAGGAUAACUUGCGUACUGAAGGCGAAAUGACUUUUGUGGAAAAGGAGGAAUAUCAAUAUGUUAUUCGCCCUGAACAGGUAAAACCAACGGAUAAUCUUAAACCCGAAGGUGAAUUCUAUAGCCCUGAGAAACCGAAGUACCGCCCUGGUGAGCGUCCAUCACAAGUCCGCCCGGAGGAUAACCUGAAGCCAGAGGGUGAUUUCUACACUCCUGACAAACCUGGAUAUCGACCCGCCGAGCGUCCAGAACAAGUAAGGCCCACGGAUAAUCUUAAACCCGAGGGUGAAUUCUAUAGCCCUGAAAAACCGAAAUACCGUCCUGGUGAGCGUCCAUCUCAAGUCCGCCCGGAGGAUAACCUGAAGCCAGAGGGUGAUUUCUACACUCCUGACAAACCUGGAUAUCGGCCAGCUGAGCGUCCCGAGCAGGUUAGACCAUCGGAUAAUCUUAAACCCGAAGGUGAAUUUUAUAGUCCUGAAAAGCCGAAGUUCAGCCCUGGUGAACGUCCUUCCCAAGUCAGACCAGAGGAUAACUUGAAGCCUGAGGGUGAAUUCUAUACGCCUGAUAAGCCCGGAUAUAGACCAGCAGAGCGUCCAGUCCAAAAGAAACCAGUGGAUAAUCUUAAGCCUGAGGGCGAGUUUGUAACACCUGAAAAACAAGUUUUCCGACCAGCGGAAAAGACCGAAAGAAUCAUCAGGAAGGAUAACUUGCGUACUGAAGGCGAAAUGACUUUUGUGGAAAAGGAGGAAUAUCAAUAUGUUGUUCGCCCUGAACAGGUGAAACCAACGGAUAAUCUCAAACCUGAAGGUGAAUUCUAUAGUCCAGAAAAGCCGAAGUACCGCCCUGGUGAGCGUCCGUCUCAAGUCCGCCCGGAGGAUAACCUGAAGCCAGAGGGUGAUUUCUAUACGCCUGAUAAGCCCGGAUAUAGACCAGCUGAGCGUCCUGAGCAAGUUAGACCAUCGGAUAAUCUUAAGCCCGAAGGUGAAUUCUAUAGUCCGGAAAAACCGAAGUACCGCCCUGGUGAGCGUCCGUCUCAAGUCCGCCCGGAGGAUAACCUGAAGCCAGAGGGUGAUUUUUACACUCCUGACAAACCUGGAUAUAGGCCAGCUGAGCGCCCUGAACAGGUUAAGCCAACGGAUAAUCUUAAACCUGAAGGUGAAUUCUAUAGUCCAGAAAAGCCGAAGUACCACCCUGGUGAGCGUCCGUCUCAAGUCCGCCCGGAGGAUAACCUGAAGCCAGAGGGUGAUUUCUAUACGCCUGAUAAGCCCGGAUAUAGACCAGCUGAGCGUCCUGAGCAAGUUAGACCAUCGGAUAAUCUUAAGCCCGAAGGUGAAUUCUAUAGUCCUGAGAAGCCGAAGUACCGCCCUGGUGAGCGUCCGUCUCAAGUCCGGCCGGAGGAUAACCUGAAGCCAGAGGGUGAUUUCUAUACGCCUGAUAAGCCCGGAUAUAGACCAGCAGAGCGUCCAGUCCAAAAGAAACCAGUGGAUAAUCUUAAGCCUGAGGGCGAGUUUGUAACACCUGAAAAACAAGUUUUCCGACCAGCGGAAAAGACCGAAAGAAUCAUCAGGAAGGAUAACUUGCGUACUGAAGGCGAAAUGACUUUUGUGGAAAAGGAGGAAUAUCAAUAUGUUAUUCGCCCUGAACAGGUGAAACCAACGGAUAAUCUUAAGCCCGAAGGUGAAUUCUAUAGCCCUGAGAAACCGAAGUACCGCCCUGGUGAGCGUCCAUCACAAGUCCGCCCGGAGGAUAACCUGAAGCCAGAGGGUGAUUUUUACACUCCUGACAAACCUGGAUAUAGGCCAGCUGAGCGCCCUGAACAGGUUAAGCCAACGGAUAAUCUUAAACCUGAAGGUGAAUUCUAUAGUCCAGAAAAGCCGAAGUACCACCCUGGUGAGCGACCGUCUCAAGUCCGCCCGGAGGAUAACCUGAAGCCAGAGGGUGAUUUCUAUACGCCUGAUAAGCCCGGAUAUAGACCAGCUGAGCGUCCUGAGCAAGUCAGACCAUCGGAUAAUCUUAAGCCCGAAGGUGAAUUCUAUAGUCCGGAAAAACCGAAGUACCGCCCUGGUGAGCGUCCGUCUCAAGUCCGGCCGGAGGAUAACCUGAAGCCAGAAGGUGAUUUCUAUACGCCUGAUAAGCCUGGAUAUAGACCAGCAGAGCGUCCAGUCCAAAAGAAACCAGUGGAUAAUCUUAAGCCUGAGGGCGAGUUUGUCACACCUGAAAAACAAGUUUUCCGACCAGCGGAAAAGACCGAAAGAAUCAUCAGGGAGGAUAACUUGCGAACUGAAGGCGAAAUGACUUUUGUGGAAAAGGAGGAAUAUCAAUAUGUUGUUCGCCCUGAACAGGUGAAACCAACGGAUAAUCUUAAACCCGAAGGUGAAUUCUAUAGCCCUGAGAAGCCGAAGUACCGCCCUGGUGAGCGUCCGUCUCAAGUCCGCCCGGAGGAUAACCUGAAGCCAGAGGGUGAUUUCUAUACGCCUGAUAAGCCCGGAUAUAGACCAGCUGAGCGUCCUGAGCAAGUUAGACCAUCGGAUAAUCUUAAGCCCGAAGGUGAAUUCUAUAGCCCUGAAAAGCCGAAGUACCGCCCUUGUGAACGUCCAUCUCAAGUUCGACAUGAGGAUAACUUGAAGCCAGAGGGUGAGUUCUAUACGCCUGAUAAGCCCGGAUAUAGACCGGCAGAGCGUCCAGUUCAAAAGAAACCAGUGGAUAAUCUUAAGCCUGAGGGCGAGUUUGUAACACCUGAAAAACAAGUUUUCCGACCAGCGGAAAAGACCGAAAGAAUCAUCAGGAAGGAUAACUUGCGUACUGAAGGCGAAAUGACUUUUGUGGAAAAGGAGGAAUAUCAAUAUGUUGUUCGCCGUGAACAGGUGAAACCAACGGAUAAUCUUAAGCCCGAAGGUGAAUUCUAUAGCCCUGAGAAGCCGAAGUACCGCCCUGGUGAGCGUCCGUCUCAAGUCCGCCCGGAGGAUAACCUGAAGCCAGAGGGUGAUUUCUAUACGCCUGAUAAGCCCGGAUAUAGACCAGCUGAGCGUCCUGAGCAAGUUAGACCAUCGGAUAAUCUUAAACCCGAAGGUGAAUUCUAUAGUCCCGAAAAACCGAAGUACCGCCCUGGUGAGCGUCCAUCACAAGUCCGCCCGGAGGAUAACCUGAAGCCAGAGGGUGAUUUCUAUACGCCUGAUAAGCCCGGAUAUAGACCAGCUGAGCGUCCUGAGCAAGUUAGACCAUCGGAUAAUCUUAAGCCCGAAGGUGAAUUCUAUAGUCCGGAAAAACCGAAGUACCGCCCUGGUGAGCGUCCAUCACAAGUCCGCCCGGAGGAUAACCUGAAGCCAGAGGGUGAUUUCUAUACGCCUGAUAAGCCCGGAUAUAGACCAGCUGAGCGUCCUGAGCAAGUUAGACCAUCGGAUAAUCUUAAGCCCGAAGGUGAAUUCUAUAGUCCGGAAAAACCGAAGUACCGCCCUGGUGAGCGUCCGUCUCAAGUCCGCCCGGAGGAUAACCUGAAGCCAGAGGGUGAUUUCUAUACGCCUGAUAAGCCCGGAUAUAGACCAGCUGAGCGUCCUGAGCAAGUUAAACCAUCGGAUAAUCUUAAACCCGAAGGUGAAUUCUAUAGUCCGGAAAAACCGAAGUACCGCCCUGGUGAGCGUCCGUCUCAAGUCCGGCCGGAGGAUAACCUGAAGCCAGAGGGUGAUUUCUAUACGCCUGAUAAGCCCGGAUAUAGACCAGCAGAGCGUCCAGUCCAAAAGAAACCAGUGGAUAAUCUUAAGCCUGAGGGAGAGUUUGUCACACCUGAAAAACAAGUUUUCCGACCAGCGGAAAAGACCGAAAGAAUCAUCAGGAAGGAUAACUUGCGUACUGAAGGCGAAAUGACGUUUGUUGAAAAGACUGAGUACCAAUAUGUUGUUCGCCCUGAACAAGUGAAGCCAACGGAUAAUCUCAAACCUGAAGGUGAAUUCUAUAGUCCUGAAAAGCCGAAGUACCGCCCUGGUGAGCGUCCAUCACAAGUCCGCCCGGAGGAUAACCUGAAGCCAGAGGGUGAUUUCUAUACGCCUGAUAAGCCCGGAUAUAGACCAGCUGAGCGUCCUGAGCAAGUUAGACCAUCGGAUAAUCUUAAACCCGAAGGUGAAUUCUAUAGUCCCGAAAAACCGAAGUACCGCCCUGGUGAGCGUCCGUCUCAAGUCCGCCCGGAGGAUAACCUGAAGCCAGAGGGUGAUUUCUACACUCCUGACAAACCUGGAUAUCGACCAGCUGAGCGUCCUGAACAGGUUAGGCCAACGGAUAAUCUUAAACCCGAAGGUGAAUUCUAUAGCCCUGAGAAACCGAAGUACCGCCCUGGUGAGCGUCCGUCUCAAGUCCGGCCGGAGGAUAACCUGAAGCCAGAGGGUGAUUUCUAUACGCCUGAUAAGCCCGGAUAUAGACCAGCAGAGCGUCCAGUCCAAAAGAAACCUGUGGAUAAUCUUAAGCCUGAAGGCGAGUUUGUAACACCUGAAAAACAAGUUUUCCGACCAGCGGAAAAGACGGAAAGAGUUAUAAGAAAGGACAAUUUGCAUACUGAAGGCGAAAUGACGUUUGUUGAAAAGACUGAGUACCAAUAUGUUGUUCGCCCUGAACAAGUGAAGCCAACGGAUAAUCUCAAACCUGAAGGUGAAUUCUAUAGUCCUGAAAAGCCGAAGUACCGCCCUGGUGAACGUCCAUCUCAAGUUAGACCAGAGGAUAACUUGAAGCCAGAGGGUGAUUUUUACACUCCUGACAAACCUGGAUAUAGGCCAGCUGAGCGCCCUGAACAGGUUAAGCCAACGGAUAAUCUUAAACCUGAAGGUGAAUUCUAUAGUCCCGAAAAACCGAAGUACCGCCCUGGUGAGCGUCCAUCACAAUUCCGCCCGGAGGAUAACCUGAAGCCAGAGGGUGAUUUCUACACUCCUGACAAACCUGGAUAUCGGCCAGCUGAGCGUCCCGAGCAGGUUAGACCAUCGGAUAAUCUUAAGCCCGAAGGUGAAUUUUAUAGUCCUGAAAAGCCGAAGUUCCGUCCUGGUGAACGUCCUUCCCAAGUCAAACCAGAGGAUAACUUGAAGCCUGAGGGUGAAUUCUAUACGCCUGAUAAGCCCGGAUAUAGACCAGCAGAGCGUCCAGUCCAAAAGAAACCUGUGGAUAAUCUUAAGCCUGAGGGCGAGUUUGUAACACCUGAAAAACAAGUUUUCCGACCAGCGGAAAAGACGGAAAGAGUUAUAAGAAAGGACAAUUUGCAUACUGAAGGCGAAAUGACGUUUGUUGAAAAGACUGAGUACCAAUAUGUUGUUCGCCCUGAACAAGUGAAGCCAACGGAUAAUCUCAAACCUGAAGGUGAAUUCUAUAGUCCUGAAAAGCCGAAGUACCGCCCUGGUGAACGUCCAUCUCAAGUUAGACCAGAGGAUAACUUGAAGCCUGAGGGUGAUUUCUAUACUCCAGAAAAGCCAAAGUUUAAACCUGUGGAAAGACCUAAGCAGAAGAAACCGCAAGAUAAUCUAAAACCUCUUGAUGGUGUUAUGUAUACACCGGAAAAAAUUAUUUAUAAACCAGCAGAUCGUCCUGAGCAAAAGAAGUAUGCUGACAACUUAAAGCCUGAAGGUCAAAUGUAUAUUCCAGAAAAAGACACAUUUAAGCCAGCUGAAAAGGUAAAGACAAUUAUAAGAAAAGACAACUUAAAAACCGAGGGUUCAAUGACAUUUACUAAAAAAGAAGAGUAUCAUCACGUCAAGAGACCUGAACAGGUAAAACCAACUGAUAACUUAAAAUCGGAAGGUGAAUUCUAUGCUCCCGAGAAAACGACUUUCAAACCAGCUGAACGGCCAGUCCAAAAGAAACCCAAGGAUAACUUGAAAACCGAAGGUGAAUUCUACAAAAGAACGGAUAGAACUGAAACUGACAGCACAACGGUGCUAGAAAACGUUAAACGGGAGCCUGCCAAGCGACCGGUGGAUAAUCUGAAGUUAGAAGGCCCUAUGACUGUGACUAGAAAAGAUGAUUACAAAACCACAACCAAUAAAACAAGUGUCGACCGAGUUCAGCGAACACAGAAAUACAAGCACAACAGCUCGACCAUCACCUUGGGAAGUGAUACUUCCAUUCUGAAGACAACCAACCAGAUGAACUUUGUGUCCGGUAAGGAUGCGGUCAAGCAAGUGGAUUCCAACAGCCAGAACCCCGUGGAUGGUCUAAUUAUUGUUUCAACGAAGAAGGUCACAACAGUUGUCGGUGGCCGUGGAAAGAAGGAGCCGGAAACUGAGUAUGUGAAGCGACCAGCUAAGAUAAAUGUUAUUGAGAAUGUGUCCAAAAAUACGACCACAACAAACAUCGAGAACACACAGAACGUACACAAGGAAACCACAUCGAUGCAACGAAAUCUCAAUGUGUUAGAAAAAACAGCUGUGAGAACUGAGCAAAUUCGUGGAUCUACGGAUGACACCAACGCUCUUCAGACCUCAACUACGACUAGACGAACUAACCAGGAUGACCGAGACGUGACCCACACGGAAGGCUCAACUUCUAAUACAGUCUCAGGUAGAAGAGUUACCAACAAUGUCAAUGAAACUGGAAGCUCCACAUCUCGUACAGUCACCGGCAGGACAGUGACCAAUAAUGUGACUGAAACGGGUGGCUCCACAACUCGUAUUGUUUCUGGCAAGGUUGUAACAAAGAACGUGGGCGAUACUGCAGAUUCCACAUCUCACAUGGUAACUAGCCGCACAACUAACAACAAUGUGGCUGACACAGGCGGCUCGACAACCCGUAUAGUCUCUGGUAAACUCGUGACUAGGAAUGUGGGCGAUACUGGAAGCUCUCACAUUGUCUCGAGCAGCACAACUAGUAAAAAUGUGAAUGAGACUAGAGGUUCAACCACUCGUAUAGUCUCUGGUAAAUUAGUGACAACGAACGUGGGUGAAACUAGAAGUUCUCACAAUGUGACCGAGACCGGUGGCUCAACAACCCGUAUAAUUGGCGGCAAAUUAGUUACGAGGAACGUCAGCGAAACAGGAGGUUCCACUUCUCAUACAGUCUCGGGCAAUAAUAUCAACGGUGGGUCUACGUCUCGUGUGGUGGACAACAGCUCGGUGAUUAGCAAUGGUACGGGCAGCUCUUCCAAGCACUUCCAUCACAGGAAGAGUGAGUUCUCCUCGGAAGCAGAUGUUUCCAACUCGAUCUUCCAUCGCAAGAACAUAUCAACCGACUCGAAUCCACUUAGCAGCAGCCUGACCUCAAAUGGCAAAAUGCAGCGCAAGAGUAUUCUGAAUCUGCACGAGCAAUCGCCAAGCUGCAGCGCUCAUUCGCCUGAUCGCCAGAGCUACAGUAGCAUCCACCGUCAGAACAGGGAGUCCGAGUUGAAUACUGGCUACACCACGGAUCGUCGCAGUUGUAGCGUGCAUAAGGAAAACAAGGAGCAUCAAGUGAAGACCUCCUCCUCUUCCUCGUCCAUGUCGCGCAUUAUAUCGGGCGGAGAGGCCAAUCGAUCGAACUUGGAAAGAUCAACGAUCACACGUACAUAUGCCUCGGGCGGAGUUGAGUUACCGUCCCAAUCCCAGUCCCAUACUCAUGUGACGCGUCAUCGCAACGGUGCUAACCAACAUUUGUCCAGUGGCAUCGAUUUCCCCUCCUCCUCCUCUUCAUCCUACAAUAUCCAUGGUCAGAGCGAACGUAUUGUGACCACACGACGCAGUAAUCAAUCCUCGAUCAGUCUGGGCAACGACAAGUUCACUGGCUCCAGUCUCUAUAAGAGCGAAUAUAUAACUGCCCCAGCAACGACCUGUGCUGUUCAUAAGAUUAAGCAAGGUGCAUUCCAGCCUACCAGAAGUACUCACGAUCAUAAAUUCUAUAAAACCUCCAACUAACUGACUAUUAACACAUGAAAUCGUGCUCGUACGUCUUGUCUUGUCAAGUCUUGUCUUCAUAUCAUAUCACAUAGUGCCUAAGAUUCCAUGACAAUAUUUUUUAUUAUACAAUAUAUCUACUUACCUGAAAAAAAAAAAAAA